AUGAGGCGAUGUCAGAUUUCACUUCAUCGCUGGUGCUACCAUCGCACAGUGUCAGAAGCGCGAAUGCCAGGACCGGCGCAUUCGCGAUCCUGCAGCAGCCUCGCCCUCCACCCACCUCCACAUCUCAGAUCCGUCACGGGGCCCGACGAUCUGGAAAUGGGCCAGAGUCAGGACGGCCUUCCCUUGCUGCCACCGGCCAUGCAGCGCCUGGAACACAGCAAGAUCGCGCCCUGCGCCUGAACCGCAUCUUCGAAACACCAUUUCCUAGUCAGGACCCGCGUGUUCCCAUUCGCUGCUUUGUGCUGCUACAAUGCCAUUUGGCCCAACAUAUAGCCAUGCCUCCUACUUGCUUUCCGUCUCACCACCACCCUCCCGCUUCCUCACCAUGCCUCCAUCUAGACCCAGACCCUCCGAGAUUGCCGCAGAGGCAAAAAGGACUUACAUUCCUUACAUCGAACGGCAGAUGCCCGAAUAUCCAGCCUGGUCCGCUCUCCAGCCAAAUCCUCCCCCCGUCGCCCUCGAGCCCGAUGCUAGGAUCAAGGAGCGCCUCCGCGUCGCCAUCAUCGACGGGGAUCCUGUCGACGUGGCUUUGGAUUGGUACCGCUACGGCCGCCAGAAUGGCACCAUUCCCCCGUCCGCUCUCAGGAUCCCCGUUGUCAACAUGGCCAACGAGAGGCGUGCCGGUGGGGAUUGGGAAUCGGGCCUGCUUGCACCUGAAGAAUGCUUCGCUAGAAGGAGCAACCUCGUGCGAACCUUGUUGUGCCCCUGGGGGUCCCAGUAUGCAAACCCUCACUAUCCCAUACCUCAAAGAGGCGGCAUAUAUUCCCCACACGUUGUCGUCUAUCGCGACGGCCCAGAAGCAUACCAUGUCUGGAGGGAGUUUCGGGUCCUGCCAGUCAUAUCCGUAGCACCGGUGCGGCGCCCGAAACUCGACGAGACCGGCUGCCAGUAUUCAUUUGAACAGGAGAAAGAACUGAUGCUCGACAAAAUGCGCACUGUCCUGCGUAUGACGGUCUUGUACGGGCAUAGAGAUCUCUGCCUUGGUGCAUUCGGCGUUGGUCCGGGUUUCCGUAAUCCUGCUGCGGAAGUGGCCAAGAUGUGGAAAGGCUUGUUGUUUCACGAAGAAGAGUUUCAGGGUGCCUUCGCCAACGUGGUCUUUGCCAUAGAGACCAGUCAACCCGGAAACAAAGGGGGCCCUUCGGAAUAUGAAAUCUUCAAGCAGGAAUUCGACCCGUCCAACGUCUUCAGAACCACGUAUCGGCAGUAGCUCGAGCCAGGAGCUCGUUCGGUGCAUGGAGGGCUAUCUUCUCUUCUUUUCGGGCGCGGGCGCUUUGUUCCCCUCAUUGUUCAAUGCCAAUUUUCGGUCUUGCUUUGUUGUUUGGGACGAGCAGCCGACAGAAUCAUUCCUUGCAAGUUGAAUGCGAACAAUUCUGUAGCAACGUAUCUGCUAUUCCCGAGGGACGAAUGACUUUGAGCCACGCUGUAUUUCCUUUGCUCUUGUACAUCUGUCGACAUGAAAC